AGAAAAAGGUCAAAGUCAAGAUAAUUUAUUUUAAAUUAUUUUUAAAAAAUAAUAAAAACAAAAAAAUUCGAAAAAACUUAAUUAUUUUCUCUCUCUACCUUCGUUUCGAUUCCUCUUUUAGGGUUUUUAUCGAAGAAUUUAUUCUUCCUAGUUUUUCAUUCUCUUUCACUCAAAAUCUUUCUCUCUCUUCUUUCAAUUUUUCCAGUUUUUGAGGAAAUCUUCCAAUGGAGAUCAUUUCAAGCUCAAACGUUGUCGUUUUACGGGGUUAUGUGCUCCAUGCUGUUGCUACUCUUGCUGCUCAAUCUCUCUCCUUUAUCAUUGCUAUGCUACGAUCUUUGCCACAAGGAGAUAUUGUGCUGCCACAGGAGCCCGGCUCAUUCAAAUGGCUUCCGAUUUCUGAAAUCCAUAAUACCAAAAAAUCCGAUGAGAAUAAAGAUGCAGAUGAAGAUGACGACGAUGAUGAAGAAGGUGAUGGUGAAGAGCAGAAGGCAGGUGGAGAUGAAGGUGGUGAGGAAGACGAAGGUGAAGAAGUGAAUGACGAGGAUGGGGAUCCUGAGGAGCCAGAAGCCAAUGGAGAAGGUGCCGAAGGGGAGGAUGAUGACAACGACGAUGAAGAUGAUGAUGAGGAAGAAGAUGAGGAUGACGACGACGACGACGAGGAUGGUGGAGAAGAAGAUGAGGAAGAUGAAGAAGACGAGGACGAUGAAGAGGAAGAGGAGCCACCAUCUAAGAAGAGGAAAGGAGCUUAAGGAACAUCUUCCCCCCGCCCCUUUUAACAUUUGUUUUUCUUUUUGUGUACUUUUAUAAAAUCGUCUUUUCGAGGGGUGAAGACCUACCCGUAGAAACCUUUGUUGAAAUGUGAGGAUUAAGCUUGUUACGAUUUGUAGAAAACGAAUAUUGGAAGUGUUAAUGUAUUAACCAUGUCAUGUUAACAAUUUUAGAGAAUAAUUACCUAUUUAGUGUCUAAAACUUUUAUGUUGUUUAGGAAUGAAUAAUAAUCCCCUUUCCCCUUUUUCUCGUUA